CUGACGCUAUUGGAUUAUAUUGCAUUCUAAAAGCAGUAGAAAGAAGUGACCUGUUUUACGUGACGACUUUUUAAAUUUUGGCAUUUUCUUUUUUUUUUAAUAUUUUCUAGCAACUUCUCGAGGUCCAAGAUCACUUUUUUAACAAGUAAACUUGAUUUAACAUGGCACCCAAAACAAAGAAGGUCAUUGCAAAAAAGCCUACUUUUGUAGAAAAGCAACAGCCAGCCGAGAAAAAGGCUGUAGUCACUCCCAAGAAGACUACAACUGCACCAAAGAAGGCCGCACCCACACCAAAGGAGGCUACACCUACACCUGCGAAAAAGGCCACGCCUAAAAAGACUGUCUCACCUAAGAAAACCAAGAAGGCUUCUGCCGCUUUGGAAGAAGGUGUAGACGGUGUCAUUGAGUAUGAAAGUUUAGGAAAGAUCGACGAUUGGGACUGGACCGAGACCACAGGUGUCGAUUCGUUUGUUUCAGACGAUGCAGGAGGAUUCUUGUGUCUUGAAGAAAUUAGUGAUGUCGAAGUCGAAUAUGAAGGUGACGAUGUUACUGGUAAAGUCGCUAAGUUCAAGAGAGUAAAGAAGGCGGAUCGUAAAGCUGGUAAAAAGGCUCAACCUACUGUGCCUUUGGAAAUGGAAGGCGUAUUUUACGAUGUCGAUACAUUUGAUGAGGAUUUAGCUGCUGAGGAACUCGCCAAGGAAUCUGCCAAGGAAGCCGACGACGAAAUCGAAAAGAAUGGCAGAGUUGUGGAUGCUAACGAUGAAAAUAAGAGGGAUUCCGAUGAUCCUAUGGAUAUUGAUGAUGCCAUUGAGGAAAUCCCUGAAGCCAAGGUCGUCGAAAAGAAGACGAAAGCCCAAAAAUUGCUCGAGAAGAAGAAGAAAGAAAUCGAAAGAUUAAUGAGCCAAGUUGAAAAGAUGGAGGCUACGGAAAAGAAGGCCGAAGUAAAAACUACCACGGAUGCUUCUGCUAAAAAGCCCGUCGUAGCAGACAACGGAGAGCCCAAGCCUAUGAAUAAAAGAGAGAGAUUACAGGCCAAGAAGAAGGCUCAAGAGGAAGCCCUUAAGCUCCAAGAGAAGAUCGCAGAACCUGUACCUAAGAGCAAGCGUCCCACCGUUGCUGAUGUGGAUCAAAGUGUCGAUGUGUCUGCCUGGGAUGGUUUAAACUUGUGUGAGAAUGUUGUGAAUGCCCUCAAGUAUAACAAGUUCAAUGCUCCUACACCUAUUCAAAAGAAUACACUUCCUUUAGCUUUAAAGGGCCGUGAUAUCAUUGGUUCUGCAGAGACAGGUUCUGGUAAGACUUUGGCUUUCGGUAUUCCCAUCAUCAACUACCUCGAUUCACACGUCAAGGAAGGUCUCACUGGUUUAAUCUUAACACCUACCAGAGAAUUAGCAAUCCAGGUCAAGGAACAUAUUGAAAAGAUGGCUGUGUUUAGUGACAUUCGCUGUGUUGCUAUUGUGGGUGGUAUGUCUAUUCAAAAGCAAGAAAGACUUGUCAAGAACAACCCCGAUAUUAUUGUAGCUACCCCUGGUCGUCUUUGGGAGAUCUUUUCCAACAACCCUACUUAUAUGGAGAUGUUGAAGCAUGUUAAAUUCCUUGUAUUGGAUGAGGCCGAUCGUAUGCUUGAAAAGGGUCAUUUUGAAGAAUUGACAAGUUUAUUGAAUACACUUUCCAAGAAGAGACAGGAUACAACCGAAUGGCCUGAAGAAUUAGAGGGCACCGAAAAGAAGUCGUUACCUCAAGACCUCGGUGUACAUCAAACCUUUAUUUUCACCGCUACCUUCAAUAAGGAUUUGCGUUUCAAUGUCAAGGCUAAGAGAAGAAAGAUUGCCGCCAAGCCUACCAACUCUAUGGAAGAUCUUUUAAGCCGUAUUGAGUUUGCUGAUUCUGAUCCUGCUCUUGUAGAUAUGACAUCAGAUAAUGUGGUUGCUUCUACUUUAUUAGAAGCAAGAGUGGAUUGUCUUCAUACCGAUAAGGAUUUAUACGUUUACUACUUUGUUACACGUUAUCCCGGACGUACUAUUAUUUUCGUCAACUCCAUUGAUGCAAUUCGUCGUCUUGUGCCUGUCUUCAAGUUGUUGAAUUUGGAAGUGUUGGGACUUCACGCUCAAAUGCAACAAAAGCAACGUCUCAAGAACUUGGAAAGAUUCAAGGCCAACCCUAAGGCUGUCUUGGUUGCUUCCGAUGUAGCUGCUCGUGGUUUGGAUAUUCCCUUGGUGGAUCAUGUCAUUCAUUAUCAAUUACCUCGUUCUGGGGAGAUCUAUGUACAUCGUUCUGGCCGUACUGCCCGUGCUAACCGUGAUGGUGUAUCCCUUUUAUUAUGUGGUCCUGAUGAGACACGUAUUUAUCACAAGCUCUGUCAAACUCUUCGCAAGGGUGUCGAUUACCCUCUUUUCCCUAUCGACUUAAACAUUUUGAAAGCCAUGACGGAUCGUGUCAAGUUGGCAGCUGAAAUUGAUAGUAUUCAACAUCAAGAAUCAAAGCAAGUCCAUGAAGUUAACUGGAUGAGAAACAUGGCCAAGGACAUGGACGUUGAUUUUGAUGAAGAUACAAUGCAGGGUAAAGGUCAUCAAAAGUCUUCGGACGAGCUUGAAAGAGCUAAAGUCAAGGCAUUGAAUUUAAAGAACAAAUUGGCUCAUUUGAUCAAGCAACCUAUUUUACCUGCUGGUGCCUCCAUGAAGUUUUUGACAGGUGGACUUGUAACUGAUUUUGUCGAUAGAUUAAUGAAGAAAGAAACAAGUGAACUUCUUCCCGGUUCAUCAAGUUCCAAGGCUUUUGAUGAUUUACAUUCAUCCAAGAAGAGAAAAAUACAGGAAACCAAAUAAAUUGCAUUAUUCCCGCUUUACCCCCCUUACACCCUUCUUUGCAUG